AUGUCGUCGGCGUCGUUGGUGGCGAAUACCCAGCAGCGAAUUCUCAGCAGUCUCUCGCUGUCGGGGCAGGAGGCGGUGCCGUUUGCCACCCUACAGCGCGACCUCGCGCUGGACCAACGCACCGCAGCCGAUGCCCUGCGCGGACUCAUGGAGGGAGGGAAGGUGGUGCUGCGCCGCGGGAACACGGACGGAAGCGUGUACGUUGCUCUCUCGAACAGCAUGCCGGAGGGCCCAUCUCUGGUACUUGAUGCGAUAAGGUCCAGCGGGAAUAGUGGAAUCGACCAAACAACGUUGUGUGGCAAGGUUCGUCUACCCAAGAAUGAAAUCAUCAAGUCUUUGCAGCUGCUUGUGGCUCAGAAGCGCAUCAAGGAACGUCGUUGCUUCUCAAACCGCGCAAAGCGUAUUUAUCUGUUGUUUGAAUUUGAGCCAAGCGAUGAAAUUACAGGAGGAACGUUUUACGGUGGCGAGGAUUCUCGCGAGAUGGAUGUGUGGUUUGUCGAUGAGAUGCGACGACGUAUAGUGGCUCUUGUGGCGCAGCGUCAUUCGGUUUCGCUGGAGCAGAUUACGCACUAUUUGCACGAAUCCCAUGGGGGCAGCGUUACCGGGGAGGCGCCACUAAGUAGCGGCGACGGGGUGGUGGUGAUGACGGCACACCCCAGUGGCCUCACAGUCACCUCCGCCAAGGGCAGUAGUGGAGGUAACAAGCGAAUUUCGCAGCGGGACACGCAGCUGUUGGUGCAAACGUUGGUCCUAGACGGGGUUCUGGACUCCGUGACCGCUCCUGUGGGAGCCCCCCCGCAGUAUCAGUUGGCAACCGGGAAAAACGUAUUGCGGCACUUUACGGCAACGCUCGCCGCAGUGGGUGGUCGUUCAUUAGGCGGCGCGACGUCCUCGCUCGAGGAUAGGCGUGAACCGCUUGGGGACAUUUCUGGCGGUGGAUUGUGGGUCCCCGCCUCAGUUGCGCAGUCCAGCGCGUGGGCAAUGCCGGUGGUGGGGUUGCCAUGUUUGGGGUGUCCACAGCUCCCAGUGUGCUCCGUGAGCGGCAUCGGUGUUGUUAACCCGCGCAACUGCGCGUACUUAAAUGAAUGGCUCAGCUAA